UUACAGAAAAGGAAAUUCGUCAGUGGUACAAAGGUUUCUUGAAAGACUGCCCUGAUGGACUUCUAACCGAACAGGGUUUUUUGAAGAUCUACAAACAGUUUUUUCCUCAUGGCGACCCUUCCAAAUUUGCCUCUCUGGUAUUUAGGGUAUUCGACGAAAAUAAGGAUGGCUCAAUAGAGUUCGAAGAGUUCAUCAAAGCACUUUCUGUGACGUCACGAGGUAAUCUCGAAGAAAAGCUAAUAUGGGCAUUCAAGCUGUAUGACGUGGACAAUGAUGGAUAUAUCACUCGGGAGGAAAUGUACAGUAUUGUAGAUGCUAUUUAUCAGAUGUUGGGAAACCAAGCAAAGGAAGCAGAGGAAGAAUCUCCUAGACAAAGAGUAGAUCGAAUCUUUGAACAACUCGAUAAGAAUCACGAUAAUAAACUGACGAUUGAUGAGUUUAAGGAGGGAUCACAACAUGAUCCCAAGAUUGUCCAGGCGUUAUCUCUAUAUGCCCCAUGAGGUGGUGAUGAGUCUUUUGAAAUGAGUUGAAAUUCAUAACAUGUUUGCAGCCUUCCGCGAAGAGAAGAAAAGAAGAACGUUUGUUGUUGUUCUUUUUGUCAAUGUUGUUAUUUUUAGGUUGCAUCACGUAACUUGAAGUAAUUUACACUCGUAUAGAAUAUCCCCAUUAAGUAAGCCACGUUUUUAAAGUAUUAAAAAUAUUCUUGAAAUAUUUCACGUUAAAUUCCGACAUGAGCGCCACCUUUUGGUAAAUUGAUAUUAUUGCUUAAUGCUAGCUGCAUGUGUAUCAUAAUAGUUAGGAAUAUUUUUCAGCGUCUUAGAUGUCGCUAUAUACGUGUUUUAUAUAGAUAGGUUGUGUUUCAAACUCGUGAUAUCUGAAUGCUCAAUAGAUUACUCUAUUUAAGUAAAUCAGAAUUGGGCGACUACUUUGUAUCAAAAAUAAUAUCUGCAAGCCUUCUGAUAGGUUUGUUAUAUUUAUUUUUCCAUUGGAUCUUCCCCGGUGAGUCAAAGAUAUAUUUAUUGACUUAAAGUACUAAAAUCCGGGGUUAAAUACUCCACAGUGGGCAGAACAAGAUAUUCCAUUGCAUAGCUUUGUGCUAAAACAAAGAAAUCAAUUGGGAAUUAACUCAGUAAACUUUGUGUCGUUUCAAGAAAGUUGUUUUAAAUGUUGAAAUCUAAGCAUUUUUGUUAAGAUGUUUUUUAAAGAAAAAACUUUAUACGACUAAAAAGAGUACACGACGUAAAAAUAAUUGCACAAUAAAUUACUUAUCAAAACCAGAUACUAGCCCUAAAAAGACUACAUGUUCUACACACACCAUCUUCAGGAGUAAAAUUUUAAAUUCGAUCAUUACUUUCAUAAUUACACAAUAAGUUGCAUAUCUUUAGCGUCAUCUGGACUUAAACACAAAGUUUUAUAAGACACAUGUCCAGUGUUUCGAUUCCUUUAAACCUGGACCAGCCUCUUUGUUCAGCACAAUAUUUGUAUUUGUUUCUAUUUAUAUCGUUUCUCUGACAUUUAAUUUCUACUUCAACACCACCAGUUUAAUAUUAUUCAAGUCUAUAACGUGAGUUAUGUUUGCCACAUGUUCUGCUAAGGCAGAAAAAACGAAGUACUGAACAUGCAUCUUAUAAAAUGUUGUUUUUAAGUCUCGGUGGUGCUAAAGAUAUUCAAAUUGUUGUGAAAUUAUACAAGUCAAGAUCGAACUUCAGGUGUGCGUUCCGAAUUUUCAUAAAUUAUUUAUUGUGCAAUUAAUUUAACGUUGUGCACUCUUUUUAAUUGUAUAUACAUGCACACGUGUCGUUUUAAUUUAUUUAAGAAAAAAGCUUGUUUUAAUUUCUUUAUCAACUGAAUGUUUAACCAUAUAGACUCUAAUAUUUUUUAAAUUUUAUUUUACAUGUUUGUUACGAACACUUUUAGAAAAUAUUAGAAGCUGAAAAUCGCUAGGGAAAAUGACUAGUUGUAAAUGUUUUUCUCGUUGCACUUAUGUGCUCUUAUGUGGUGCUUAAGAUAAACAGGUGUAUUUUUUUUUCUCUGGAGUUGAAUUUUUUUUCCAGACGUUUAGAUUUUGUCCUAUUGUUAUUAAUAUGAAAUCUCCGUCAUUUGCAAAACGUAAUGAUUUGAAAAAGUUUAAAAAUACCUAAAUUAGUGUAAUUGUGUUUUUUUUAAUUUUGCAAAUCUCUUUAGAUGGUACUUUGCAUAAUUCCAUCACUGUUAAUUAUUACUCUACAAACAUUAACCCUCUAUUGCACAUUGUAAUGUAAUUUAAUGCUUUGAGUCUGUAGUUGAAUGGCCCUACUUCCAGGUAGAAGUCUAAAUAAUCCAUCGAAUUUAUUUUUGUUGGCUCCUAAGUUGGACAAUGUUACCUCUAGGUAACAGAACCCUUUAAUUCCUUACGAAAACAUGUUUCCGAAGAAGAUGUUUUUUUAAUUAAUUAAAGACCCAUUUCAGUAAGAAAUUAAAAUAAAACAUUUUUUUCCACCGUAUUUUUAUAAUGUUUACAAUAGAAGGUUAAUAAUUUAUGCCGUGGCAAAUGAGUUUAUUUGAUUGGCAUCGCUCUGACGAAAAUUUAAAAUAUAAAGUAUAGAAAUAUGAAAUGGUUAUACUAAUUUAACUAAUAUUUAUACUCUUGAUGAGAAUACGAAUUACGUGUCUAUUUCAACAUUUAUCUAGAACUUAAUCUAACUCAACACGAUUGUUAAGUAUAAUUCUAAUACCUAGAACCGGUGUUCAUAACAAGAAUGUCGCCUGGAUUUUUUUUUUUUUUUUUUUUUUGUAUAUUAAAUCAAUUUUCCGCAGAGGGCAAAAAUCGUAUGGCGCUAAUAUUUACGAAACACAUUUUGUAGACACAAGUAAUAUUGAAUAUAUAAAUAUAUUCCUAGUUGAAUACCCCUAUAAAACUGUAAACAACAAGUCUAACAUUCUAGGUUGGACCUUUCUUCUGUAUAUUAAUGAUUAGGUUUAUUAAUGUAUAAUAACCUGGAGUAAUGAAAGUCGACGCUAUCUUGUUUUCAUAAUAAAAUUAGAAAAAAAAAUAAUGUUAUAAGAUAACUUUUAUUUUAACUGACGUUUCGCCUUUGUGUCUUCUUUGGAGCUAGUACAUAAACUUGUUUGAGAUACAACAUUAUAUUGUGUUUUCCAAAUCUGCAUAAUAAGAACAAAAUUACGUUAUUUUUUUUAUAAGGC